AUUGACGUUAUAAAUUGUGGCCAAUUCGUAUGAAGUUGGCAGAUUCAGAUUACCUCAUCAACUUUCGUAAAAACAAUGAGUCCAAAAGUGGAGACUAUAACCCAACCAGCAAUUUUGGGUGAAGGCCCCCAUUGGGACGCCACAAACCAGUGCCUGUACUUCGUGGACAUUUAUGGGAAGUCCAUCAACAAAUACGUUCCAGCCACCAAAAAGCACACCAAAGCUGUCAUUGGAGGUGACAUUGUGACCUUAAUCAUACCAGUGGAGGGCCAAAAGGAUAAAUUUUUGAUCAGCAUAGGAAAACAACUAGUGGUCGUCACCUGGGAUGGUGAAAGCGACAAAGUUUCAAAAAUUGAACCUUUAGUAACUGUUGAAAGUGAAGGAGCCCUAAAUGAUGGAAAAUGUGACGCCACUGGACGAUUGUGGGCUGGUACUUUGGGUGGCCCAAACGUCAACGGCAAAAUCGAAGGUAAAAAGGGCAGCCUCUUCACCUUAAUCAACAAGCAAAUCAACACGCACCUGACCGGAAUUGGCAUCUCCAACGGUCUUACUUGGAGCCUGGACAACAAAACGUUCUAUUACAUCGACUCAGCAACUGGUUACUUAGAACAAUACGACUGUGACAUCACAAAUGGGACAAUAUCCAACGGUAAAACCAUCCUCACACUCUCCAAACAUGGCAUCCCCGGCCACUUGGACGGUAUGACCAUCGACACCGAUGGUAACUUGUGGAUUGCAAUCUUCAACGCCAGCAGGGUCAUCAAGGUGGAUCCCAGGAAGCAGGACACCAUCGUUCAGACCAUCGACAUUCCUGCUCUUGAAGUAACCUCUGUGGCUUUUGGUGGGCCCAAUUUAGAUGAACUGUAUGUAACCAGUGCGGCCCUCCCUGUGGAUGGACAACCCUUAACAGGCCCAAGUCACGGGGCCACUUUUAAGGUCACCGGAUUGGGGGUCAAAGGAUGUGCUGGUGUCAAUGUUAAGUUGCUUUUAUAAAGCCUUUAUUUAUAGGUAGAUAAGGAGUAGUUCACUAAUCUAUUACAUAAAUUAUAGAUAAAUAUAUUUAUAUAUAAUUAUA